UCCAUCCCUGGUUUGUAAGUCUAUUUUGUUUAUUUGGUUUACUGCCGAUUCAAAAAUGUCCCAACAAAUUCGUGUUUUACAAUGCAUGCAAUGCAAAAUGUAUCAAGUGGACUUGGUAAAAAAGGCGAAGAAAUGGGAAUGCAAAAUUUGCCGCCAAAAGCAGGACAUGAUCAAGGAGUUUUUCCGGGGAUCAGGACCAGAAUGCCGGGCAAAGGUUCAACAACUAAACUUGGAGCGUGGAAUGAUGGAGGAAGAACUGGAGGAGAAUUUAUUUAUUUCAGCCCAGCAACAGUUGGAGCAGAAGGAAAACAGCCCCACAAAACAGGAAAACACUUCGCCUCAGAAGACAACAAAUAAGUGGGCCAACUAUGUGGAUGAGAGUACAAACAAAUCUUCUACAGGACCACUGAAAAUCGAAGCUGCAAAGCAAGAACUCACCGAGAAAAUGUUUAAUAAUUCUAGGAGCAAAGUAUCGAGACCCUUAAAACGUCCUGCAGAAAGUAUGCCACCAGACAAGAAAAGCUGCUCGAAGUGGAACAACUUCGUAUAAGCAUUGCUCAGAAUUUAUAUUUUAAGUCCCAUAAAAAUACAUAUAUUAGAAAUAACAUUGGUCCUCAAAAAAUAACCAAUUUUGAUGAUUAUAGUUGUUCAUUACGUUUUAUUAAAAUCCGUUUCAUUCUUGUA